AUGUUUAACAAAAAUAAAAAAUAAAUGAAAGGUGCAAUUUUUACCCCUUUUUUACUUUUUGUUUUAUUACUUGGAGUUGCCAAUUCACUAUAGUGCUAGCAAGGAUAAGUAGUGAUAAACGGAGUUUGUGCUACUAAUGAUGUUUCAGUCCCACCAUAAGCUAAUACUUCAUAUCAAGGUUCAUAAAGAAUGACCUUAAAAAUAGCAUAAACUUAAGGAGACCCUAAUUCCUUAGAUAUCUUAUUUAUUGUGACUACAAUUGAUGAAUUUUAUAUAGUAUUUGGAGAUACUUACAUUAACUCAGAUGCUGUUUAAUUUGAAUUAUCAAGCGAUGAAGAUAAUCCAGUUAUAGUAACUGCUAUAGAUAGUUUUUAUUAACAACCUUUCCCCUAAAAACCUGUUUCUGAUGUUUCUUUAGGAGGAACUCAAGAUAUAGUUUUACUUGGUUAUCUUGCAAAUAAUUCAGACCCAAAUAAUCCUACUCUCUUAGUUAAAAUAAGAAGAAAAUAUAACACUUAAGAUCAAUAUGAUACCUUAUUUUAAUCAAACCAAAUAUAGUUAAACAGAGUCUUAUUUGGUAUUCCUAAAGUUGCUAAAGAUCCUAGAGAUCAAUGGUACACUGGUUCAUUCUUCUUUGUUUUAAAUGCUGCCACUUAGCCAUGUUAAAAUAAUUAAAUUUUUAAUGGAAAAACAUGCGUCUAAAACGAUUUGACUCCUAUUGGAGAUCCUUACAUAGCAUACAACCACGCUAAUCCUUUCCUUUUCAUAAGUCAUUAAACUACUUAAGGCGGAGAUAUUACCUUUUUAGUUAGGUGCUUAACUAAUGGGUAUUUUGGUAUAGGUUGGGGAAGCAAUCUCAUGUCUAAUAUGGAUAUGCACAUAUUUAACGUAAAUAUAGAUAACCCAAAUUUCCCUAUUGUUAUUGUAGAUGAUUCUUUCUCUUCAGGUCCAGGAUCACCAAAAUACGACACUAUGCUUGGUGGUACAUAUGAUAUUACUGUUCUAGGUUAUUUAGUAGAAUAAAACUAAGUUACAGUAAAAUAUGUUCGUAAAAUGGCAAAUUAGGAUGUCAAUAAUGAUUUCUAAUUCUAAUAUAACUAAGAAAUUCCUUUUGCUUAUGCUUUGUCUCCUGCUGAUGCUUUUAGUUUGACAUUAAUUUAUCAUAAAUUUAACAUAGGUUGGGGUACUCUUGUUUUGCAAGCUUCAGAUGCAUAACCCUGCGCUGCUGUUAAUAAAGUAUACAUUAACACUUAGUGUUUAGAUAACAACCUUUCUACAACAGGUCUUGACUAGAAAGCUAAUUACAAUGCUGGUUUAUUAAAUGUAUAAUACGGAAUAGUGAAUGAUGAUACUAUUGAAUUUGUAUUCACUAUAAAUAAUAUAGGUUGGUUUGGCUUUGGUUUUAGUUUAUAACAACCUGAUGAUAAUUGGAAAAAAGAUAUGACAAAUGUUGAUAUCAUAAUAUUUGAUACAAUCACUCUGUAAGAUGAAUCACUUGCUAUUUAUAUUUAGGACACUUUUGCAAACAAAAAUAUUGUCCCUAAUUUAGAUAUUUCAUUAAAAGGAACAUCAGAUUAUAACUUGUUAGGUUAUAGCAUAAAUAAAUAAACACAAUAAACUUAAGUAAAGGUGUCACGUAAAAUAAAUACUGGAGAUAAAUACGAUUAUCAAUUUGUGAAAAAUUCUAAAGUUGGUAUUAUUUAUGCAUGGAUGAAUACAGUUGACAAUAUUCAAUUCCAUGGUAAAAACACAGGAAAUGGCAUUCUUAAUUUUUAUUACAACCCUAAAAGUUGUCCAACAGGUUAAGUUUUAAUAGGAGAAAAUUGCGUAACCAACGAUAUUAAGCCUUUAUCAUCUUAUGCUCAAGAUAAUUUCUUAAAUGUUUAGUUUGAUUUAGCAAUAGAAGGAAGUGUAACUUUUAUGAUUGUUGUCUAGAAUACUGGUUGGUUUGGUUUUGGAUUUGGCUAAGGUAUGAAUAAUGUUGAUAUGAUUGUAGCCGAAAAUGAUUCAGGUGUUGUUACUCUAUCAGACAACUAUUCUUAAAAAGAAGCAACUCCUAGUUCAGAUACAAAUUUGGGAGGAUAAAACAAUUUAAAUUUGUUAGGUUAUGAGUUGACAGACAAAUAGUUAACAUUCAAAUUUUCUCGUAAGCUCGACACAGGAGAUAAAUACGAUUACGUUUUGUAGAAAGACUAAAUGUUAAAUAUUGUAUAUGCUUGGGGAUCAGAUGGUUCUAUGACUUACCAUCACUAAAACAUUGCUUUAGCAAAAUUCCCAUUAUAAUAAGGUUACAGAGGUACCAUAACAGGAAUUGCUAUUGAUGACACUUAUAAAUAGUUCCAUUUUUGGUCUAAUUUUGUAUUAUGGGGAUUUGUAGUCGAUGUUGCUUUCGUAAUCGCUCGCUUUUUCAAAACAGGAAGAUUUUAUAAAGAAAUUCAUGGUGCUAUGAUGGGCAUAAUAGUUGUCUUUACUGCAUUUGUAGAGAUUUGGAUGAUCACAAAGAAGGAUAUACUUUUCAAUGGUUAACUUGAUACUAAAGACUAAAUGAACAGAGCACAUGCAGUUAUGGGUUUCAUCUUCCUCAUUUUCUUUAUUUUAGAAGCCGUCGGUGGCUCAUUUUUAAAUUUCCUACUUUCCUUUAAGAAUACAGGAGAUGCAACAUCUUUGAAAAUCAAGUCAUUCCAUAAGUAUUUUGGAUAUUUACUCUACGUUAUUGGAAAAAUCAAUGUUUUCUUAGGAGUCAGAAUGGUAGAAAACGAUGCUUAAUAAACUGCAUGCAUUAGUGGAUACACAAUUUUCAUAGUUUUACGUUUGAUAUUAGAGUAUCUUUACAGAAAGCAACCAAAAAUCUUUGUUAAGAUUUUAUUCUUGUCUGCUGUAGAUGAUGAAAGCUCUGAUACAUUAAGUAGUACUAACAGCUUACUCACAACUAAAGAAGGAUAUGCUAAUUUAGUAGAUAUGAUUAACUCAGCAAAAACUACUUCAGAGAUCAUUUCUACAUAUCCAAAUAUGAACUAUGUGAUAUAUAAAGAUAAUAUCUAUUCUCUUGACAAAAUUAGUCAUCCUGGGGGUAAAUUCAUUUUUAACUCUGUUCGUGGAAGAGAUGUUAGUAGGUUCAUGAACGGUUCAUACGGAUUAGAAAACACUAAUAUGCCUCCUCAUACUCAUUCUUUAUAUGCAACUUAGCUUUUGAAACAAAACUAAAUUGGAGUCUUGUCUUAACCAAACAUAUUAAGUGAAUCGAGCGGAUCUCAUCAUGUUUGGAGAGUUUCUAAAGAAAAAUAUCUAUCAAAGUCCACUGCUCUCUUCUAAUUCGAAUCUCUUAAUCGUAUUAAAGUAUAAAAUGCCUAAAAGGGUAUGGAAUGGAUGGGCAGACAUUAUACUCUUUCAGAUUUAGCAAAUGAAAAAUCUACUAGAAUUUAUACAAACUGCCUUUGUUUCACUCCUUAUAAUAUUCUUUUGAUGCAAAAAAUGAAAUAAAACUAUUCUUAACUAAUUUAAGAACCCUAAUCGACUAUAGAUAGUACACUUCCUUAAGAAAGUAAUGUUUUACCUCUUGUCAUUAAGCGUUAUGAAUCUCCAACUGGAUUAUCUCAAUAUAUACAUGACGAAACUAGCAAUUAAGCAUAAUCUUUAGAAAUGCUUGUUGAGGGUCCUUUGGGAAGAGGUUUAGAAUUAAGCAGUAAAUCUUCUGGUUUGCAUUUAUUCGUUGCAGGUGGUACUGGCAUACUUCCUUUUUAUGAUUUAUUAACUUACUACUGUAAGUACUUGAUGUUCAAGGCUAUUCAAAAAAAGCAUGGUGAAUAAGUAGCUAAAUUUUUCGAUAUUGCUAAUGAUAAUUUUGCAAGAUUCAUAAGCUAAGAUUUUAAGAUUAAAGUUAUUGCAGCUUUUAAUUCUUCUGAUGAUGAUUGUGGUGCUAUAUAAUUAUUAGAAUUCAUGAAAUAAAUUGAUCUUGAUAAUAAUCUUAAUUUAUUCGAUGCCGUAUUAUCUGUUAAAGGAUAUCAUUCAAGAAAUAUUACUAUGGAUAAUCAGCACUUUACAUAAGAAUAUUUUGAAAAACAUUUAGGAAAUCUUAUAGUAAAUAGAGCAUAUGUCUGUGGACCUCCAGGUCUCAAUAGAAAUGCACCUGAUGCCUUACAAAAAAUAGGACUAAGCUCAAUGCAAAUAACCAUUGUCUGA